CGCGAGUCACUUGACACACAACGCAACGUCAAAGCAAGUCAUACCACCUUGCAGGUGAGCUGUCACACGCCACAUAGGGCGAUAUUUUGCGGCGUUCAAAGUCGAUCCUAUCAGAUCGUAUCUCCUAUUGAGCCGUUGCAGACAUCCAUUUGUGAUAUAUAGAUAGAUAGGAAGUAUCUCCGUACCUUUCCAGCCGGAAUUUUAAUCCGGUAGCUCUCAACUACAUCCCUGAAAUGGAAAUUGGAUCUCUCAAUUUUGGAGAACAUACCCCCAAUCCUUUCAACCUAUAAUGGUCCUGUGGUCUCAUUCCCGGUUUUCUGUCAUCACUCCUUGCCUCCAGACCAAUGAUUUGCGUCUGUUGAGGAGUUCCCAAGAUAUGGCAUGAAAAGUACCUUCAGGGCUAUCUUAGUCAGUGUGAAAUGCUCACUUCUAUUUCUCGUACUUUUAAUCAUAAAUCUCGUUUCCACAUGGCUUUAAUUUCUUGUAAAUCCAGAGUAAUCCACCAUAGGAAAUGUAUACCUAGAUCUACGACAUCAUUCCAAGCCCGCUAAUUCCUCUCCAGCAAAUACAUCUUCGAUUGCCAACCACUAACCCCCGAAAAUAACCCUAAAUAUCAUAGAAUCAACUCCUCAAUCUUCCAUGCACCCAUAUUCCAAUACCGGAUUAACACCUCAAACAGCCAAACCCACCCAAACCAUUCCGCCAGAUCCAAACCCCAGCACUGACCCCCAAAACCACGUGUUUUCAACGCCCGACCUAAAUACACUUUACGCAUGGCCUUGUUUCGCAUUCACUUUGACACACUGAGCCCACACCAUUGACGUAUACCGUGGUUGCCCUGCGCAGCUUUGACCUCCCUAACCUUGAGACCAUGGCAUUGUUCUGGUGGUCCAUGCGUUAUAUGUUUGAUUAUUCGUAAGAUUGGUUGUGGAGAGGGGUUUUAUUGGGGUAUUGGGAUUUUCUUAGAUACUGUACUUUGUAUUUUUGCAGAUUAUGAAAGUUGGAAGGGCAGGUGCGUUGAGCUGGGGUGGCGAAAGAGGUUAUAUCGGGUUUGGUUCAGGGGUGGGGGAAGGAUGGGGAUACGAGGUUUUAGGGCUUGGGUUUGGGUUUGGGGAUCUUGGAAGUAUGGGAAUGGUUAUUGAGGGAAUUUGUGAGGGAGGGAGGUGUGCGUGGUUUCCAUCAGGUGGAUAUUCUGUUGUGUGGUGGGUGGUAUUGCUUGGGGUGGUGUUUUCUAUAUCUAUAUCCUUCGUUUGUUGACGACGUAUGUUGAUAUAUUGUGUGCUAGAACAAAGGUGUAGAUGGUUAUUCUUAAUUUUACAGAGUCAUAGAUGUACACUAUGUAAGUGAUUAUUAGAAAAUAAUAAACUACACCCUCCAUCUCACUAUCAUCGCUUGGAAGUAACCCCGUUUCAGUGAGCAGCUUCGUGGAUUCCUACUGUGGCAGUCUUAAUCUAAGACACAAACAGGUCCGAGCCUCGAAGCAACACUACGUACGGAAUAUAAUAAACUCUAUAUAUCUCUGGCGCCA